GAGCUAUGCUCGUUGCUAGGCAACAGCACUUUCUCAACAAAUCAUUUCUCUCAGCAAACCAUUACCUUUUUUCGCAGAACAGCAAUACACGACUACACAAAGGUAACUAAACUUUAAAUCAGCCAGAAAAUGCUUCGCAGCGGAAAUACCACCACGCUGCUGUGCGAUGAGCAGACCAAGUUUAUCCUGGAGCGUAUCAGCACGGUGGAGAAACAUUUCGGCGAGCUGUGCGGUGCGUUUGCCGAAUACACGCGCAAGGUAGCCCGGAUGCGUGACAAGACGGACGAGCUGGCUCACACCACGCAGGACUACUGCGAUACGGAAAAGCUGAAUCCCACGCUGACCGGUGCGCUGUCCAGCAUGGCCAAGGCCGUCACGCUGCUGGGCGAUUUUCACGACGCACGGGUGAAGCGGCUCGAGGCGAAGAUUGUUUCCGAGCUGGCACAGUACGAAACGGUCUGCAAGCACUGCAAGGAAGACGUGAAGGAAGCGCUGCUAGUGCGGGACAAAGAUUUGGCCAAGCGGAAGCAGCUCGAGCAAAGCAAAAGUCGCAACGGAAGGUUAAAGCGCAACACGAACGAUACGGAAAUCAUCAAAUCGAACCUAGAGGUGGAAAAGGCGUUGAAAGAAAUCGAGCACCAGGUGGAGCGAUUUGAGAAGCAGAAGCUGCACGACCUGAAGGAGCUGCUGCUAAGCUUUGUGCUGAUUGAGCUGAAGAUGCACACGCAGGCGGUGGAGGUGCUUUCGGCCACGUACCAAGACAUCAGCGAUAUUGACGAGUCGAAGGACUUGCAGAGCGUUCACAAGGAAUUAAAAAGACAGAAUCGGCAAUUUAAGAAAAUCCUCCAACAAGACACCGUCCCUGAUCGUUACUUCCUACAGCGCAUCAAAAGCCAGUCCAUGGGUGCGCUGAACGCUACCCUUGCUGGGUUUAACACUGGCCGUAAAAAUAAAAGCCUCAGCUCAAACUCGCUCAAUUCGUCCCAGGAACAAGAGGAACAGGAGAUUGCCACAGAAUCAAGCGAACAGCAGCGGACGCAGAAAAAGGGUGCCACCGUCUCGAGACGUUCGAACAAAACGUCCAUCCAAUCAGUGGAAUCAUUGGACACAUUGAAGCGUAACUUGUCUUCCGACUCGAGCAGCACUUCCGAGGAAGACGACACCGAGGACAGCGAAACGCUAACGGACGAAAACUCGGACACUCCGAUAAAGACGAUAAAGGCAGCAGGUGGCUUAAGCGAUUAUGGGAAAAAGAGCCAGGUUGAUUCGUCGUUUAAAAUAAUCAAGCUUAAAGACUACAAUCCGUAGUGCUGACGGCUUUAAGGGACGCAUGAGACACGUUCGAUUAACAGAGAAUUUAUCAUUCAUUACAGCGCAAGAAUGGUAUCGUUUCGGUUCGCAAGUUUCAAUUCGAAAGCUACGGUACGAUUAGGAUGGACGGUUGCUCUCCGUCGAAGUUACUGGAUCGUUACCUAGCAACCAGGCCUGUUGAAUCGAAUCGAACCGUAUUAGAGAUAGGGACCGUUAUUACUAUCUUAAAACGUACCGUAUGCUUAUGGGUGCGUUGGGUCGGUGAAGGAAUUGCACGGUUACUAUGGUUUGAUGGGAUUGCUAACAAACCCAAUGUUACUUACGUCCCAUUUUUACAAUGAGUAAUAUACCUUCAUGUUUAGAAUCCACCCCAAUUCGUACACGAUUCUUUCCAACUACCCUUCCCUCCCAGGCCGUACAGCGGAGAAUCGAUUUUACUCUUUUAUAUUAUAGAUUCGUUCUUAGUGCUUACGUGUGUACACAAUCGAAAGUAUGCUACCGAUGAUAGUCCCAAAUAUGCCUGAACUGUUGUAUUCCACCCCGAUUGCCGUCGAUUAAAUCAUACUUCUUAAACAUAUUCUUUUUUUUUUCUUUUGCUGCUCGUUGAAACAAGCCUUACACCAAUCUCUUUAACCGAUUUACCAGCCUACAGUAAGUUUGGU